CCAGGUUUCUUACAAUUUUUUCCCUGUGUCAAAUGGGCAGUGGCAGAGGCUAGAGCUCUGUUCCUCUUCCCCAGGAGCUUAUAGACAGGCCCUCGGGCCUUCGGGACUGAUCCCAGGAAGCCAUCCAUCUCUCUCUCCGGAAGGAAGGCAAGACAAGCACAGCCAUGCCCUCCUGGGAAAACAUCGUGACCCUCGUGGCUUACAUCCUCAUCUUCCUCACGGGCUUCCCAGCCAACCUGCUGGCCCUGAGGGCCUUCGUGGGGCGGGUCCGCCAACCCCAGCCGGCACCCAUCCACAUCCUGCUGCUCAGCCUGACGCUGGCUGACCUCCUCCUGCUGCUGCUGCUGCCCUUCAAGAUGAUUGAGGCGGCCAACGACUCGGUCUGGUACCUGCCUGAGAUUGUGUGCGCCAUGACGGGAUUUGGCUUCUACAGCAGCAUCUACUGCAGCACGUGGUUGCUGGCGGGCAUCAGCAUUGAACGCUACCUGGGUGUGGCCUUCCCCGUGCAGUACAAGCUGUCCCGAAAGCCGGUGUACGGUAUCAUUGCUGCUGUGGUGGCCUGGGUCAUGUCAUUCGGUCACUGCACCAUCGUCAUCAUCGUCCAGUACUUGGAUUCACCCCAGAACACCACCAAGAGUGAAAUCACCUGCUACGAGAACUUCACCGAGUUUCAGCUGAGUGUUGUGCUCCCCGUGAGGCUGGAGCUCUGCCUGGUCCUCUUCUUCAUCCCCAUGUUUGUCACCAUUUUCUGCUACUGGCGUUUCGUGUGGAUCAUGCUCACCCAGCCACAUGUGGGGGCCCAGCGGCGACGCCGGGCCGUGGGGCUGGCCGUGGUGACGCUCCUGAACUUCCUGGUGUGCUUCGGGCCCUACAACGUCUCCCACCUGGUGGGCUUCUACACCAAGAAGAGCCCCAAGUGGCGGGCACAGGCAGUGGUGUUCAGCUCACUCAACGCCAGCCUGGACCCCCUGCUCUUCUACUUCUCCUCUUCAGCCGUGCGCAGGGCCUUUGGGAAGGGUCUGCAGAUUCUCAGACAUCAGGGCUCCUCCCUGCUGGGGCGCAGAGGCAAAGAGACAGGGGACCUGGGGAACAUGGACAGGGGCAUGAGCCAAGCAGAGGGAGCCCCAAGCUCAGACUUCACCACCGACUAGAAGGGCCCGGGACUGUCACCCCCUCUCUGGGCUGGGCAAGGAUUGAGCAGUGGGGAGAGGGCUGGGCUGGAUGCCUCCGGCUCUGGAUUCAGCCACUAGAAAUAUGACACUCUUUCUCUCUCACCUCCUUGGACUUCCUCCCCCACUAAAUUUUCCUUACCAGAGGAGCACAGAUCUGCUUCCAGAGAAGAAAUUGUUAGAAUGGAAGCAUGGUCAGAGCAGUUUCAGAAACGAGGCAGCCGGUCCUGGGUUCAGGAGGCGGCUGGCAGCUGGGAAUGACCAGGCCAGGAGGCAAGUUUGCUCUGAGUGCAAAGACCACACCUAGACACUGCCCUGGCUGUCUGGGCCGGAUUGAUGCCAGUCAGAGGAAGAAUACUAAAUGAGGUCAAAGAGACUCUGGGAGGCCUGGAGCCAAGGGAUGAGGAGGGAAGGCUGGGAGCUUAGACCUCUAGUGAUCCAUCUAUGUCACUGACCCUCUGAUCUGCUUAAGUAUGCACCAGUCAUUUCAUUUCCAUGCUGCCACCUAUGUGCACCUGUGAGCUGUCUGCCCCAUGACGCUAGGAGCUGCCUGAGGUCUGGUGCUUAUCUCUUCCACCUCACCCCUAUUUCACCCCCAUGACAUCCCACCCAAGCCAGAACACAGCUCAGUCCCCAUUGGACAGAGGGCCACUUGGGCCAGCAUAGGAGGACAGUUUGGUGUGGCAGAAGGAAAAAAUUAAGGUGACAGAGCUCUGAAGUGAGUGUCUGCAGUUUGGGUGACAUUUCUCUAAGUGCAAGGAUGAUGAGGAUGAAACAGACUCGAGAAAGCCCAGGGAAAGCUCUGGACCUGAUCUGAGACUUUCUGGGGGACCUUGAUCUGCUUUGCUAGGGGGUGUUUGGUUUCAUCUUGUUGACAAUAGAGAUUAGAGAGUGCAUUUCUUCACUGGGGAAUUAGUCAUGUGUUCCACCAAAUAUGUAUUAAAUACCUACUGUAAACCAGACAUUUCUAGGGGCUGUGGAUGGGGCAUGUACAAGAGACAAGGUCAUUACCCUUUGGAGAAGAGGGCAGGAAAUACUUAAGAAGUAAGAGCUAUUUGGGGACAGGCUGUGGUGCACGUGAUUAAGCACACACAUUACAGUGCACAAGGACCCAGGUUCAAACCCCUGGCUCCCACCUGCAGGGGGAAAGCUUCACAAGUGGUGAAGCAGGGCUGCAGGUGUCUCUUUGUCUCUUUCCCUCUCUAUCUCCUCCCUCAAUUUCUCUCUGUAUCCAUCUAAUUAUAUAUAUAUAUAUAUAUUUUUUUUUUUUAAGAAAAAGUAAGUAAGUAAUCAGGGCUGGGAGACAAUUCACAUUAUCAUGUGUGAGUACCAGGGCUCAGGACCCCAGCCACCACAUAGGAGGACUGUGCUUAGCACAAGGGGAAGUGCCAUGAACAGUGGAACUGUACUGUGGGGGUCUCUCCUCUCUAUGCCUCUCUUGCUCCUCCUUUCUAUCUCUUCCUAUCAGCAAUUAGAAGGGACAAAAAGAUUAGAUCUCUUUCUAUCAGCAAUUAGAAGGAACAAAAAGAUCUGUGCAGCAGAGCCACACAGUCAUGAGGCCCUGCAGCAACAAAAUAAAAGCAAGCACAUCAACCAGUCAAGGUCAUUUUGGAAUGUGGCCAUUGUUUUUCACAAAGGGAAAAACAUUUCUUUUCAUAAAGGCAUGAGAGAAAGUAUAGUGGUAUAGAGAGGGGAUAAGGUGGCUUAGGAGUCCCCCCACCCUAAAUCAGGGAUAGUCUGCUGAGACCUGAAUGGCACAGCGUUGCUGUGCAUGGGUGUGAGCUAGACAGACAGCCAGUGAGCUGGUGCAAAGGCCCUGGGGAAGGAGCAAACCUUCGUGACUUGAGGCCUGAGAUGGACAGCAGGCCCAGAACAGUGGUCUGCAAGUGUCAGCAUGGCUUAGAAGAAUCACAUGCAGACUUAGUGGGAGCACAGACUGCUGUCCUUCCUCCUCAAGAUUUCAGAACCAGCAGGUCUAGGACAGGAAUGCAAGUUUAUAUUUCCAACAAUUUCUCAGAUAUAAUACCAGAACUGCUGGUUCCAGGACCACAUUUGGAAAACCAGGGGUACUGGAAUAGCGUGAACUGGGGACAGAACCAUAGAAGAGGAGAUCGAGGCAGGACAUGCAAAGUCUGUUAGGCGAUGGACAAGAGUCUGAACACAUUCUAAGAGCUUCUGAAACAAGUCAAGGGUUUUAGCCUAGAAAGCGGACUGAUUGAAGAUGGGCUGUGGUAUACCCAGUUGAGUGCACACAACACUGUGUACAAAGACUUGAGUUCAAGCCACCUCCCCCCGCCCCACCUGCAGAGGUAAAACUUCACAAGCAGUGAAGCAGGGCUGCAGGUGUCACUUUUUCUCUCUCCCUCUCUAUUUCCCCUUUCCCUCUCAAUUUCUCUCUGCCCUAUCAAGAAAAGAAUAAAAGAAAAAAAUGCUGUCAAGCACCAACCCCAGCAAUAACCCUGGUGAAAAUAAAAAAUAAAAAAAUAAGGAAAAUGGA